GCGGCAACGCACUGGACGCUAGCUAGCUGCUAGUCCGUAGUCCCAUCCUCCGCUCGCUCGCUCGCUCUGCUCUCCGCGCGGCGGGAUGAAGCAGCCGGCGGCGAGCCCGGGGCGCGCGGAGAAGCCGCAGCUGCCGGCGCCGCCGGGGCUGGCGCGGCUGCUGCUCAGCAAGAGCCGGCGCGGGGCGCGGUCGCGCCGCGCGCCGGCCACGUCGCCCAUGUUCGUGUCGCGGGGCCGGACCCGCGCGGCGGCGGCGGCGGCGGGGGCGGGCGGGGAGCCGUCGUCGCCCAAGGUCACCUGCAUUGGCCAGGUGCGGAUGCGCAAGGGGAAGAAGGGCAGCAAGAAGGGGGCGCCUGCGGCGCCGCCCCCGCCGCCGCCGGCCAAGGAGGAGAAGGCCAGGGGCUACUGCCGGUGCCUCAAGAAGGCGUUCCUCUGCGGCGGGCUCUUCGACUUCGACCGGACGCGCCGGCGCAAGGGGCCGCCGCCGGAGGCGGAGCGCACCCGCCGGUCGCCCUGGGUGUUCAGCAGCAGGGACGUGGCCGUCGCCGCCGCGCCCAAGCCGCCGGAUCCGGCCAGCGACCGCGCCGAGGAGGAGGGGGAGGAGGACGACAAGUCGGCGGGAGCCUUCGGCUCGGCGGAGAGAUACGAGAAGGCGAGUGACCCGGGGACCGACAGCGGUGGCAAGGAGGAGGAGGAAGAGUGCGAGGAGGAGGCUGCGGAGCUCGUGUCGUCGGCCACCACCACGCCGCCCAAAAACGCUCUGCUCCUCAUGCGCUGCCGCUCCGCGCCGCAGAACCGCUCGUCCCCGCUCACCUCCAGGUUCGCCGCCGGCGCCGCGCCGUCGCCGGUCCAGGAAAUGGCCGCCGAUUUCGCGGCGGAGUCGAUCGCCGCGACGCCACCUCGGGCGUCCCCCUCCCCGCGCAAGCCGGACAUGGUGUCACCUUGGGCGUCCCCCUCUCCGCGCAAGCCGGACAUGGUGUCCCCUUGGGCGUCUCCCUCCCCGCGGAAGCCGGACAUGUUGCAGUCACCACGGGCGUCGCCAUCUCCGCGCAAGCCGGACAUGGUGGCGGUGGAAAGCAACGACGAGAAGCGGCAAGAAAUGGCAGUAUCCACGCAGGAAGACGAGGAGAAGCCGCACGAACAAGAUCACGAAGCCGACGACGAGGAGGAGGAGGAAGACGAAGCGGAAGAGAUGCGGUGCUCGUCGGCGCGGCCACUGGUGCUGCAGAGGUGCAAGUCGGAGCCGGCGACGACCGCUGCGGCGAAGAUGUCUACCGGUGCCGGGGCCGAGGGGGCGCCGUCUGGCUGCUUCUGGGCCAACGGCGGGAGCAGCGGGCGGCGGAGGCACGCGCCGCAGAUGUCGCCGGCGGCCGCCGCCGCUGCGGUGGCUUUGACCGGUCACUGAGCGAGUAGGCUGCUUCCCGUAUACUAGUAGUAUUUUCCUUUUGUUGCUGUCGCUGUCGAUUAAAUCUAGCACGGUAAGUAAAGCUGUAAUUCCCCAUUCUCAUUUCUCCGUCCGUCCAUCCAUCCAUGCCUGUAAAAAGAUUCACGUACCUAGCCACGCUGUAAAUCUUCUCCUGCUGCCACUAGCACUGCUACCACUACUUGUUUAUCUAGCACUGUUACGCAAAUUGUGUGGGUGUAGCCACGAUGCGUCUGUUAAAUCCAACCGUCUCUGGUGCCACUGUGGCAGCACCAGUACUAUACCCAAUAAUCUGGCAUAGUACAUGUACUGGUAUACUGUUAAGUACCGUGUAGAUUUAACAGUGCCAUGAAUGAGCUUUGUCCUUGCAAAUGUAUUAAACACAACUCGCGCACCUGCUUCA